CACAGAAUAGAAAAGGGGAGAGGGACAACAGAACCAAACAUGUAGGCACGUGGCGUUGGCGAUGGCGCGCGGUGAUGCCAGCGGGGGCUGGCUGCCCCGGGCAGGGGGCAGGCGGCCAGGGUGACGGAGCCCUGGGCCUCCCGCAGGUCCAUGGUGCGGGUGCGGGCGGUGGUGAUGGCGCGCGAUGACUCCAGCGGGGGCUGGCUGCCCCUGAGGGGCGGCGGGCUGAGCCACGUCAGCGUGUGCCGGGGUCGGCCUGCCGAGGGGGGCACCCGGCGGACCCAGUACCUGAUUCGGGGAGAGCGGCUGCGGGACCAGAGCACCAUCCUGGAGUGCGUGCUGAAGCCGGACCUGGUGUACAACAAGGUGAACCCCAUCUUCCACCACUGGCGCCUCGACAACAGCAAGUUCGGCCUGACGUUCCAGAGCCCGGCGGACGCCGACGCCUUCCAGAGGAGCCUGCAGGCCGCCCUGGCCGAGCUGGGCCGAGGUUCGCUCUCCCCAUCCUCCUCCUCUUCCGCUCAGGAUGAAGCCGAAACGGCUGAGCAGCCCGCCACGACGCACACAGACAGCGAGUCCUCGUCCAAUGGCCGCCAGGAGAUGCGGCCCAAGCCGCUGACCAUCGUCACCAGCGAGUCGUCCUCCACCUGCUACGGACGCUCGCCCACGUCCGACGAAUACGCGCCCCCGGCCCCCUCUCAGAGCCGACCCCCUCCUCUGCCCUUCGAGGAGGAGGAGGAGGAGGAGGAGGAGACCUUAGAGAGCACCGCGCUACCCCCCGGCCGGGACCCUUGGAGAACCAAAGGCUACGAAGACUACCGGCGGGCCGAGGCCCAGCGGACCCCCGGCCCGGCCAAACCGGCCGUGUGCGUCCACUUCGACAAGGGCGGCCUGGGCCGAGAGGGGCAACACCGGCCCCCGCCCAGGGCCCCCAAGAGCUCCCCAUCCUGCAGGAUCCACGCAGCCCCCAUCUCCCCGUCCAAGGGGGGCUCCGGGCCGGGGGGCGGGCUAGGCCUCGGGGGGCUCGGCGGAGGGCAGGGGGUGGAAGAGGAGGAAGGUUUAGGGGAGGACGACGACGACGACGAGGAGGAGGAGCGGGAGGGCGAGGCUGGAGGCCCAGGCGGAGCGGCCCCACGCUGCGUGUACUGCCAGGACGUGCUGCGGGGCGAGGAGAAGGGGCGAGGCCGGUGCCAGGACGCUCCGGACCCUGUGGGCCGCUGCCUUCGCCAGCUGACCUGCCUGUGGUGCGCCGAGAGCCUCCUCUAUCACUGCAUGUCGGACUCGGAGGGCGACUACACCGACCCCUGCUCCUGCGACCCCGGCCACCCGCAGUUCUGCGCCCGCUGGGCCGCGCUGCUGGCGCUGGCGCUGGCCGUGCCCUGUAUGUGCUGCUACCUGCCCCUGCGGGCCUGCCACUGGGCCGCCCGCCGCUGCGGGUGCUGCGGGGGGCGGCACAAGGCGGCGCGGUGA